AUGGGGUCACGGAUAAGGAAUGACGUUGUUCGAUUAUUUGAGUGUUUCUGUGAAGUAGCCGGUCCAAGUAAGGAAAAUACAGUACCAUGGAUUCUCCAAAAGUUUCCAGAACACUAUAGAAAAGAUGAACUGCUCGAGACUGUACCUAAUUUUGCUUAUCCUUGUGAAUUUGACAGAACCAUGAUUCAGCACUACUCAUUUGUACUGACCAAUGCUGAACGAAUUGUUCUCAGUUAUCUUCCUUGGCAUGAAUCAUUUUAUAAAUUAUUAAAUUGUAUAUCUAAUCUUACAAAUAGUAAUAAUUCUAAAGAUCUAUGGCCAUUUUUGGAAUCUGUAUAUAAUAGUAAACUACCAAUCAAAGGACUUGAUUUAAAAAUUAAUAGUGAUAGCGGUGAAGAGUUAUUUGUUUGUCAGUCACCAAUUCAAUUCCAGUUACCAAGCAUUCCAGAAAAUAGAAAUUUGACAGAAUAUUACAGUGCAGUUGAUUGCCAAAAUAUGAUUAUUAUAUUUGCAUCCAUGUUAUUUGAGCGUCGUAUUAUUUUUACUUCCAAAAAACUAUACAGAUUGAGUGCCUGUGUUCAAUCUGCUAAUGCAGUUCUAUAUCCAAUGAAUUGGCAACACAUAUUUAUACCAGUAUUGCCUCAGUCACUUAUUGAUUACUUAUUAGCACCAAUGCCAUACUUGAUCGGUUUACCUCACUCAUUAUUCCAAAGUUUACAACGUAAUGACUUGGGGGAUGUUGUCAUUUUAGAUGCAGAUAAUAAUACUAUAGAACUCCCAUUUGAUGAUUUGGAAAAUCUUCCAACAGAUGUGGUAUCAACUUUAAGACGACAGUUAAUUAAGUUAAUUGGUGGCUAUAGAGAUGCAUUAAAAUUUCAUCAAGGAGAACGUAUAACAUUUAAUAAAGAAGCAUUUAUUGAGUCUAGAUCAGCAAAUAUGCAACCAUUUUUAAAAAAAAUGUUGGAAUUGCAGAUUUUUCAACAGUUUAUAGAGGAACGAUUAGAAAUGUUAAAUGCAGGACUUGGUUUUUCUGAUGAAUUUGAAAUGGAAGUUUGCAACUACCACGAGAAAUCUAGUAAUAGAUUAAAGCAUCAGUAUAAAGAUUGGACAUUCACUAUGAAACGUGAAGGAACUGCAUUAUUUAAAACUGUUAAGAAUGCUGCUAAUCCUACAGUAAGAAAUGCUGUAAAAACGGUUAAAGAACGUGGAAAAGAUUUUCGGUUGGCUUACAAAGACAUUAGAUCAAAAUUCAAUGUUCCAAAUAAAAAUCCUCGAACUAAAAUUGGUACCCAUCCAAAUUCUGCACCAAACUCUCCUUCUAUGCAGAAGAGACAAUCAUGGUCACAUACAACAGCAUCUGCUAGUUAUCGUAAAGAAACUGCCAACGGAUUACAAAAAUUAACUACAUCACAAAAUUUCAAAGACUCUUCGAUUUCACCUUUACCACAAAUUAACUUGAAUUUAAUGGAAGAUCUAAAAGAAGUUAUAUUCAGAACUUGUGAUAAUGAUGAUCCACGGAAGUAUACAUCAUCCUGGGAUGAUUCAGUCAAAUCAAACUUCAUCAUCAAUGAUGAUUUAAUCAGUUCAUCAUUUGGGUCUAUGCCAAGCGAGAGUCCAAUGGAAACUAAAGAUCUGAUUCGAUUGGAUUCAACAUCUAGUAUAGAUGAUUUUGAUCCUUUAAAUAGUCCAACUAACAGUAAUGGUUUGGUUCCAGGAGUAGGUCUUAGUAAUCCACUGUAUCAGUAUUUUGUUCCAUUAAAUAAAACUCAAUUAGAAACCAAAAAUAAUAAUGACCUCCUUAACGAGUAUGGAUUAAACUUUGAUUUGUUAAGUUGUACUGAUCAACCAGGUCCAUCCAUGUCAACAAGUCAACCACCUGUACCACCAUUACCACCAAAACCACCCAAUUUUAAAUCAAAUUGGACCAAAUUUGAAUAA